ACAGAUGGGAUGAUGUAGAGAGCAGGACCGGCUACACGCUGCUUCCUGGAUGCUCGUUGAAUUAAUAACAAGCUGGUCACUUAGUGUGAAAGUGAUGACUGAUGCUUUAAAUCAGGUGCCGAUGAACAAAGUGAAGAGAAACUAAAAGAUCCUUUCAACCGUUAUUAAGCCAAAUCUGAACAUUCCUCAAGAAUGAAGAGUUCACUCCUUAAUACAAAUAAACAGCUGUUUAUAAAGCGAACAUCCUUUCUGAAGGAAAGUGUUCAUUAAAGUCACACGUUUCAUUUCACAAACAUUAUUCUAUGUUAUUAGAGAAGUUCUGCUGCACGCUGCCUCGCCAUCGUACCUGAAGGCUUCUUCCAGUAAUGUACCAGGAACUAUGUGAAAGAUGCUGAAGUGAUGCAAAAAGUAAAUCCUGUCGUCCCGUUUGAUUUCUCCUUCCCAGCAUGCCCCAGGCGUGCCUCGAAUCCUCGUCGGCAACCGCCUUCACCUGGCCUUCAAACGGCAAGUUCCCACCGAGCAGGCGAGGGCGUACGCCGAGAAGAACGGCAUGACCUUCUUCGAGGUCAGCCCUCUGUGCAACUUCAACGUCAUCGAGUCGUUCACGGAGCUGUCGCGCAUCGUGCUGAUGCGGCACGGCAUGGAGAAGUUCUGGAAGCCCAACAGAGUGUUCAGCCUGCAGGACCUCUGCUGCAGAGCCAUCGUGUCCUGCACGCCGGUGCACCUCAUCGACAAGCUGCCGCUGCCCGUCGCCAUCAAGUCCCACCUCAAGUCCUUCUCCAUGGCCAACGGCAUGAAUGCCGUCAUGAUGCACGGACGCUCGUACUCGCUGGCCAACCCGGCCGGCGGCUCCAAGGGCAACAGCUUGAAGCGCUCCAAGUCCAUCCGUCCGCCGCAGAGCCCCCCGCAGAACUGCACCCGCAACAACUGCAAAAUCUCCUAGUUAACGACGUCAUGGUGGAUGACCACGGAUCAGGAGUGCACAGGAUGUAGUUAGUUAGAGCACAUCCCUGAACCGGAGGAGCUGAAGAGCAGGAAUGAUGGAUGAAGGGAUGGAGCGGUGCCGCCUCUCACCUUCACGUUAAAGAGCGUUUCCAGGAGGAGGAGGCGGCGGCGGCUCGAACGCUGCCUCAAGAGAUCAGAGGAGAGCGGCUACACACUUCUCCACAGACCUGAUCCCACUGGACUCACUGGUGGAGUCUGAACUGUACACAAACUCACCAACUCAACAUUUAGUUCCUCGGUGCACGCCGUGUGUGCGUCACAGAAAUCACCUCAAGAUUCUUCACUUGUUCUGUCUCGUGUCUUUCUUUCCUCCUCGUUCUGUCCACGCCUCCGUUUCUUUGCUGUUUUCGUGACCAGUAAGCGAACGAUCAGGACGCUAGUGAGCGGUUGAUCCUCGUUCCUCCGCCGGCUGCAGCAGCUGUGUUUGAACAGGCGGCUUCACAAGCAGAUCGCAGGUCCCAUUCACGAGAGAUGUUACAGCGCAGACCGGACGUGUUGCAGUCUCUCUGCGUGCGUCCGUCAGCGCUGGUCUUCGUGAAUUUGACUGUUUUGGCGUCAACGUAUAACCGAAUUUAAAAGCACAGAUUUGUUAUUACACGGUUUGUUUUCGUCUUCCUGGUGCAGGUUCAGCGGUAGAAGUGCGAUCCUCUUGUGAAUUCGCCUCUUUGUGCUUUGGAAGUUUUAUUUAGCAACACGUGUUGAAGGGAAAUCUUGGCGACAAGAGGAGUGAAGGCUCCUCCGGUGUGGAGGUGUUGACCUGAGUCGAAGCUUCUCACGCUCACGCUGCGGCGAGGGAUCCAGUGAGGCUUGUUGCCAUGGAUACCACUCAACGCUGUAUAAAAAUAAGUUGUUUAUUUAAAGUCCCCUCGCUUCUCUGAGAAAUACAUUUUAACUCGAUGCCACUUGAAGAACGAGAGUCGGAGAGAUUUUAAUAUUUCUCAUGUUUGUCAACAAAUCUAAGAAGUUUUAUUUUUUGGACCAAGAGCUUCUGGGAGUUGUAGUCCGGAGAGGGAGAGCUUCAAAUCUGCAUCACCUAGGGGUGCUGUCUGUCUGUCUGCCUGUCUGUCUCUCUCUCUGUCUCCCUGUCUCUCUGUCUCCCUGUCUCUCUGUCUCUCUGUCUCUCUGUCUGCCUGUCUGUCUGUCUGCCUGUCUGUCUGUCUGCCUG